UAGGGUUUAAGGAAUGAGGGGUUUAUUUUGACAGAAAAGUGAAUUAGAAUCCUUUUCCUGGGUUGGCUAUUCCGUUGCACCUCAAAGUCCAAAGCCGUCAAAUUCUUAACUGGGGCGACGAUUAAGAUUUAGAUAGUAGUAGCCUGUUGUCUGUAAAAGGGAAGAUGAUUAAGGUAGGAGGAAAAAGCUAUACUUCGUCGCCGCCGGCAUUCUCAAACGACACUAACAAACUCCUCGUCUGCACCGGCAACACCGUCUCUAUCUUCAGCGCCUCCACUGGCUUACUCAUAAAUGAACUUGAAGGUCACACCGCACUAGUGACAUCGGUGGUAGUGGUGCCACCAACUUCGCCGGCCAAUAAGAUAUUAGCUUAUUGUUGGACGGCUUCGCUUGAUGGUACCAUUAGGUACUGGGAUUUUUCCGCUCCCGAAUUGAUGAAGACUAUCAAUAUACGCGUCCCAAUUCACUCCAUGGUGGUUCCUGGUUUAUUACGUAAACCGGCUGAUCAUGGUGAGCAGCCAUCUCAUCUCUUUGCUUAUCUAUGCACCGAGGAGGUGAAAAAGCAAGGACAUCGGAAUGCCUCCGCAUUCUGGCAGAUUCGCAAGUGUAAUUUAACUCAGUCUCGUUUUUUAGAUAAAUUCACUUUAGCUGAGACUUUAAAACCCCAGAUUAUAACCAUUAGUCCGUUUGGAAACUACAUUGGAAUUUGUGAAAAGCACAAACUUCGAAUAUGGGAAAUCCCAGCAAGAGAUGCUAAUCAUGUUGCCUUCAAGAAAAUGAGAUUGCAUCAUACAAAAACCUUCACCACUCUAGCUUUUCAUCCAACAGAGAGAAUUGUAGCUGCUGGUGAUGGUACUGGGAGAAUCUUAGUAUGGAGAGGUGUUGGGGAAAAGACAUUUUCUGGUGGUGAUAAUAACUUGGUAAAUGGUGCAUCACAUGGAGAUGCAGAGGAAAAGCCGGGAGUGAGGCAGGAUGAUGAUGCUGAUUCUUGCACCACAUGGCAUUGGCAUUCUGCUGAAGUAAACGUCUUACUUUUCUCUGCUGAUGGUGCCUACUUGUUCUCAGGUGGGAAAGAAGGAGUCCUUGUACUUUGGCAGUUGGACACAGGGAAGAGAAAGUUUCUUCCACGUAUUGGGUCUCCACUUCUGUAUUUCACAAAUUCUUUGGAUCCUUCCCUAUCUUCUGUAUCCUGUGCAGAUAAUCUCAUUCAUCUGCUGAAAAUGCCUUCAAUGGUUAUCUCGAGAUCUAUUUCUGGCAUCAAGCCUCCCAGUUCAGUUUUGCAAUUCAAUGAGGGCUCAUGCAGCGGGGUUGCUUUUAAUCACUCUGAUGGUCUGGCUGCUAUAUGUACGGAGAAUUACCGUAUCCAAUUUUACAGCUUGUUCGAUGACCGUGAAAUUUCUGAGGUUCAAGUCUGUGAAAGGAACCAUCAACCGGGGGAGGAAAUCACGGUGAUUGUGAAUUUGGUUGCCCUCUCCCCUGAUGGUUAUAGCAUGGGCACUGUUGAAACUAGGCUUCCUGAAGAAGGAAUAGGGGGCCUUGUAAGUUUAAAAUUCUGGGAGUGUAGCUCUCAAAGUAAAGAAUUUAGCUUAUCCACUGUUGUAUAUGAACCACACAGGGAUGCAGGUGUUUCAGAUGUUGCAUUCCAUCCUACCCGUCAAAUGGCUGUCAGCUCCUCAUAUGGUGCUGAUUUCAAGGUUUGGAAAUGUGGUUAUGGAGUCUCAGGGAAGGACCAGAAGCCCCAGAGUAAUGGAUGGACAUGCCAUGCUGCUGGUUCCUACAAAAAGAAGCCAAUGACAGCUGCAACAUUCUCUAUGGAUGGUUCUGUUCUUGCUGUUGCUGCUGAAAAUGUCAUUACAUUGUGGGAUCCUGACAGGAAUUUUCUUGUGGCUGUAAUUGGAGAGAGUAUUGAACCAAUCAGAAAGCUCUCAUUUGUGGGAAAGUCUGACUAUCUUGUAUCUGCAUCCCAAGGAUCAAACCCUGAACUGUUCCUUUGGAGUAUGUCCAAUCUUUCAGUAUUGUGGUCAUACAAGCUUCAUGCCGAAGCUGUGUCCUGUGCAACGGAUGGUUCCUCCUUUGCUGUCCUCGCUCAUCUACCCACAUCAUCUAAGAGUACAGAGUGUUUAUAUCGCUCUACACAUGGUGUAGAUGGGGUGAUCUUGUUAUUCCCUGUAGACAAAGCAAUCCCUAUCUCCACCUGGUUUGUCCAAAAGGCUCAGGGUGGGUCUCUUGCUUUCAUUGAUGCAAGCUCAAGAUUAGAGGAUGGCAAUGCUGGAAGAAAAUCAGUGGAGGUGCUGACAUACAUUAACGGAGCUCAUGAAUAUGUCCUCUUGGACCCAUUUGGGGAGUCGGCCCCUAUUCGAUGUACCUCUCAGCCGGAGAGUCUGGUUGACUUUGGGGAGACAGCAGGGAGAUAUGGGUAUACUUCCAUAUAUGGUAAACUUCCAGAAUUCAACAUAGAAAGGGAACGCAGUGCAUCAAUUGCAACAGCAGCAUCUGAAAGGAGCUGGGAGAUGAUUCUUGACGGACCAUCUCAUAAUCUUCCUCCUUUUACAACAUUGUGCUCAGCGUUUCUGGAGUCAUUACUAGAAAGGAGAACUGCAACCGUCGAAUAAGCGUAAGUAGUACCCAGGCAUGGUGAGAAUUACAAAAACUCGCACCGAGCAAGAUCCAAAUUGAGCAAGCUGUGAUUCCGUGCUUGCUCCCUGCAUAAUUGGAUUGGAGUAGAGGGGAGGCGGGUAUUGAAGAUUGGAUUGUUGCAUAUAUUUGAUCAGUAUGAAGCAACUAUUAAAAAAUCGAAACGAGGCCUGCUUGUACAGUGCCACCCUACCAUUUUGGCUAAGCGAAGAUUGAGAUGAAGCUGUGAAAAGCUAGGUUUGCGGUCAUUGCCUUUGUAUAUUAACAGAAAUGAGGAUCAUAGGAAGCAGAGGCGUUAAUGGGAUGAGCCAAUUUUGAUGCGGGCGGUGAUUUUUAUUGUACUUCUUUCACACAAAUGUUCACCUGUUGUACCAUACUGGUCUGAUGUUACUUAAAAACUAAUUCAACAUGGAUGUAUGUAUUUUUUGUGUUGAAUCGGCCUCGAAUGGUAGGAAUUGCAAUCUUUAGAGAGGACCAUAUAUUGUGAGGCACUUUACUUGACUGAGAUUAAAAAUCGCAAAAAGUUUUUUGGA